AUAAACUAAGUCACUUACAUAACCUUUGUGGUCUUGUCAACUUUCAAGAUGGCUGCCAACCUUGUCCGAGCGAUGUCCCCUUUUCCAAAACAUCUCAAAGAACUUCGUCUUCAUCUUUGCCAAAGAUCAGCCGCAAGUCAGGGCGUGAGGGACUUUGUUGAGAAUCACUAUGUUGACCUGAAGAAGAGCAACCCACAGUUCCCCUUCCUCAUCAGAGAGUGCAGCGGGGUGGAACCAAAAGUCUGGGCUAGAUAUGAGUUUGGAAGAGAGCGGAACCUCCCCCUGUCCAACAUGUCAUCUGACCAGGUGGCCAAAGCCCUGCAGAUGCUGGCAGAACAGAAGUAACAACACCGUGGGAGGAACAGGAAAAGUUGUACCUAUAAGUAAAUCUUUCAGACUCAGAGCAUAUAAAAUGUACAGAAUUUCUUCUCACCUAUAUCUUGUUUGAAUAGAGACAGUUCAGUGGUUUUAAUUUCAUGGUCAUAUUACAGGAGGAGGGCUUCAGUUUCUUUGGUUUUCUUCCAGCUAUCCGAAUUUUAUCCCCAGCCAUGUCUUGGGAUGUUUUUGAACUGCCCCCCUCCCAUAAUUGUUCACAGGGUUCAGUCAACAGUUCUUCUUAACUCUGUUUAUGGGUGAGUGAAUAACCGAGAUGUCAACAUUGCUAACUAUGUGGAUUAGACAACAAUGGAAACUGGUGUCAGAGGUGACAAGAAGAUUGUACCUUUUGACGUAUAUAAAAGUUCAGCACCAGUUAGAGGUAAUAUCAGAACGUUCCCGUGGGAUUUUUCUAGCCAACAGUAACGAUGUGACAAUGUGAGCCGAACCUUAUUUAAUGUGGUGAACUUUGGUCACGAUAAACAGCAUCAAAUGUUAAAUGUCAUCAAAACAAUGGAGACAGAAAGAGACUUCAGUCACUGUUCUUCUACAACACUUGCUGCUUUAUUAGGAAAAUAAAAGCACUGAACACCA